AUGGCACCCCCAACAGCCACCGAAACAGUAAACAACAUCACCAUGCAGGCGCCAGAAUCAUCCCAAGUGGCCGGAGUCGAAAAGGCCAAAGUCAAGAUGCAAAUGCCCGGAAUGCCCAAAUUUGACGAUAAAUACAAAGAGCGGGAGUUCCGGAAGGGUCGCCUGGCUGCUGCAUUUCGCAUCUUUGGCAAGUACGGGUUCGAUGAAGGUGUCGCCGGCCACAUCACCCUUCGCGACCCCGUAGACCCCUCCACAUUCUGGGUCAACCCCUUUGGCACGGCCUUCUCCCUGAUCAAAGCAUCCGACUUGAUCCAGGUGGACCACUCCGGCACCGUGAUCGACGGUGGACCUAACCGCAUGCUCAACGCCGCGGCCUUUAUGAUUCACUCUGCGAUCCACGCCGCUCGACCGGAUGUCCUAUGCGCAGCGCAUAGUCACAGCUUAUACGGCCGGGCGUUUUGCUCACUCGGUCGGCCGUUGGAUAUUAUCUCUCAAGACUCGUGUGCUUUUUAUAAUGACCACGUCGUCUACGAACAAUUCAACGGCGUCGUCCUCGCCGAAGAAGAAGGCAAAAAGAUCGCCUCGGCCCUCGGCACCAAAAAGGCCGCCCUCCUGCAAAACCACGGCCUGUUGACCGUUGGCAAGUCCAUCGAAGAGACCAUCUUCUGGUUCGUCAGUCUGGAGAAAUGCUGCCAUGCACAGCUUCUCGCCGAUGCUGCGGCCUCAGGACGCGGUGGGCAGACGGUCAAGAUUGAUGAUGCGGAUGCGGCGUUUACGUAUCAGACGGUGGGGACGCCGUUGGCGGGUUGGUUUAGUGCCAAGCCGUUGUUUGAUGUGAUUCAUAAGGAGACGGGAGGGGAGUAUUUGGAGUAG